AUGACCAAAAUACUGAUGACGGAUGAAUCAUCUAAUGUUGUCAUAAGCUUAUCAAAAACGAAACGCCAGCUAUACGUAGCUUUUGGUCUUAUUUUAUUAUUGAGUAUCGCAGCACUUGCUUUAACAGCCAGUACGUUGGGCGUAGUUAUAAAUCGAUUAAAUUUAAUUAAUAAUACAACGAAAGACCAGCCAUCAUCAAUUACUAGCACAACGACGGAACAAUCACCAUCACUUACUAGCACAACGACGGACCAACUAUCAUCACUUGUUGAUACAAUAAAGAUUGAUCAGUUAAUAACACAUUUACAACAAUUACAAGUGAUAGCUGAUCAAAGUAAUGGUACACGUGCAAUAGCCACCCAAGGUUUUAAUUCAACACUCGAUUACAUUACAUUGAUUCUUCAACAACAAACAAAUUAUAUAAUACAACAUCAAUAUUUCACUGUACGUAAUUAUAUUUUAGAACGCGAUCCAACACUAAUAUCAUCUAUCGAUGGUACUCAAGUCACAUAUACAUACCUGGUCGAUUUUACUUACAUUUUAUUUUCAUCAGCAGCUAACUUCUCAUCAUUUGUCCCUUUGAUUGCCGUACCCAAUCUGGGUUGUAAUGAUAGUGACUGGAUGGGAGUAACAGUCCUCGGUCGUGUGGCGUUAGUUAAACGUGGCGAUUGUACAUUUAUAGAAAAAUCUAGUUUGGCACAAAAAUAUCAAGUUGCUGGCCUGCUUAUUUAUAAUGAUGGUACAGCACCCGAUCGUUUUCAACCUAUGACCGGUAUAAGGAAUAAUCUAAACACAACAAUUCCAGCAUUAUUUCUCUCAUAUCAACUCGGAAUGCUAUUAGUUGAAGCUGCUACAAAUACAUCAGCAGAUAUUAUUAUGAAUAUUGAUGUUAAAGAUGCUAAUGGUAUUGGAAAUAUUUGCGCAGAUACACCAACAGGUGAUAAAACAAAAACAAUUGUUAUCGGGAGUCACAGCGAUGGAGUGCCGGCUGGUAGCGGUAUUAAUGACAAUGUUGGAAAUCUGGUAUUAGCUAUCAAUUUAGCUCGUUUGUUAACAUCGUCAUCAAAACGCUACGAUCCGUAUCCUUAUCGUGUACGAUUUUGUUGGUGGGGUGCAGAAGAAAUUGGACUUAUUGGUUCUAUUUAUCACGUAGACCAAGCUCUUUUAUCAACGACAACGACUGAAGGUGAACGUUUCCAAGAUUAUUUACUAAAUUUAAAUUAUGAUAUGUUAGGUUCACCUAAUUAUCGUUUUGGUAUUCACGAUGGCACACAAGCACCACCAGGAACACCAGAAGAAGCCAUCAACGGUAGUAUUCGUAUAUCAGAAUUAUAUCGUGAAUGGUUUAAUAAACAAAAAUUACCAUGGAGUAAUUCAUCGCUUGGUGGUGGUAGUGAUUAUGUUCCAUUUCUGGCUGCAGGAUUAGUGGUUGGUGGAAUAGCAGCAGGUGCAGGGGGUAUCAAACCAAUGGCUGAACGAGACAGAUACGAUCAACUAUUAGGUCAAGGUCUAGGUGGUUUAGCCAAUGCUGCGUUUGAUACAUGUUAUCAUCAACAAUGUGAUCGAAUACAAAAUAUAAAUACAUUUGCAUAUGAAAACAUAGUUAAAGCAGCUGCAUAUGUAUUAGAAUAUUUAGGACGUUUGAAUGAUCUGGAAAACUGGUUGUAUCCUCAAGGUAGAUCAAAAUAUGUUGUACAAAACUAUAAUAGUUUGUAUGAAUUUGACGGAAGUACUAGAAUAUAA